AUGUAUGGUCUGCUCCACCUGAGGACGUCCGACGCCAAACGAGACGGCAGCAGCGACUACUUGCUGUUCAAUCCUCGCCAGGCGUUUCUGCGCCAGGCCCUGGUGAUAUUGGCCAACACCGGCGAACGCGUCCGGCGAGACGUCACCCUUUCCAAUCUAAGCAUGAGUGUCCAUACCCCCUUGCUACACAGCGAGCAAUUGCCGCCUACGCCCAGUCUAAGCGCCCGGGCCAGCUACUACUACCACCACCCGGUGGUGCGGCUGGUGCUCAAAGCCAGCAUCGCCUAUUUAAUCGCUCUGCUUGGCGUCUACUACACUCCCUUCAACAACAUGUUGGGGCAAACGGACCUGAAACACGUCGUGGCGACGGUGGCGGUGUAUUUCCACCCGCUGCGGCUGAUCGGGUCGAUGCACCAGACGCUCGGGUUUGCCGUCGUGUGUAUCUUGUACCUGUUCAGCGUGUCGGUGCUCUGCCGGCUGCUAUCGCUGUACGUCUACGGUUUAGGGCUUGACGAGCUCGCGCUGAUCAUUGACUUGGUGGUGUGUUCGACGGCGCUCGGAGUGGUGGCGUUUUUCAAGCAGCGGGUGAACAAGGCGACGUUUAACACCGCGUGCUCGUUGCUGAUUAUUUCGUUAGUUGGGUGUAUCAUCAAGGAGGGCGCCACCAACGCCGGCGAGGUGCCGUUGGACAAAAUCGACGCCCUGCUCCGCGUCAUCUGCUGCGGGUGUGUGAUCACGGUGGCGGUGUGCUACUUGGUGUGGCCGGUGCGGGCCGUCCGCAGUCUCCGCAGCCUGCUCAACGACCUGUACAACUUGAUGAGUGCCUGUCUUCUGCGGGCGGUGCUGGGGUUCCUCACCGGCGAACGCCUCACCCCCAAGGAUCUCGAGGUGUUUAAAGCGCUUAAAAAGAACGUGCUGCUGCUCAAAAACAACUUGGCCGAGCUGAAGUACGAGUUGCGGGUGGUGGGGCGCGAGCAGGAGUGGCGGGUGCUCGAGGAGCUCGUGGCGAUGACCAUCGAGCUCACCAACCACAUCCUGGCGCUCAAGACGUCGCUCGACAUCCAGUACCGCCUCUUGGGGUCGCCCCACUCGGAAACCACCCUGAUUGAGCUGUUGGACCUGUACACGCUGGACAUCUUGCGCCUCAGUCAGCUGGUGGAAAACUUGACGUUCAUCGAGCUGGGGGCGUCGCUGCUCGCCGACAACGAGGCCGAGAACUCCCGCCAGCUCUUCGAGAUGUUCUGCUACUACCUCUCGCCGCUGAUCAAGCUGUUUGUGUUCACGGUCAAGGGGGUGUUGGGCCAAGUGCCGUUUGAGAAGUACCGCGAGGACCAGCCCCGCAAGUUCGCCUCCACCGCCCACUUGCAGUCGGCACUAAACGACGCGCUAGACCUCUUCCGCCUCAAGCAAGAAGAGCUGUUUGAGAAGCUCUACGCCCAGGACUUGUUCCACCAGCCCGCCGACUUCAUCUUUAAAGCCGACCAGGAAGAAGUGGCGGCGUGUUGCGGCAACUUCGUGCUGAUGCUUCUGCUCUACGGCGAAGGGUUGAUGAAGUUCAUCAAGCUUUCCGAGACCUAUGAGGACUGCCGGGCGCUGCUGCGGCGAUGGCCGUGGCUUAAGUUCUGGAGCAAGCCGCCGUCGCCUAUCUUAGUGCGCAACCAGAGCCAGACGCUCCACGCCGCCAUCACUGGGUUCCAGAACCAGAUCAGGUAUAGCCGGCGCCCGCGCCCGCCCGCCACCCCACCGAGCUGGCGACUCUGGAUGUGGCGCCGGCUCCGGGUAUUGCGCCGCGUCGACGUCCAGUACGGCAUCCGCGUCGGCUUGGGGCUGUUUGCCUUGGGGCUGUUUGCCUUCUGGAAGGCGACACGGACGUGGUUCCUCGAGUGGCGCAUCGAGUGGGCGUUGACGAUCUACUGCAUCAUGAUGAACAAGCUGUUAGGCGGCACCACCUCCACCGUCAAGUGGCGGUUCAUCGGGACGUUUUUGGGGCUGUUCAUCGCCUACGUGGUGUGGGACGCCUCCGACGCCAACGUGUACGCCCUCGCCAUCGCCGGCUUUCUAUUAGCGAUCCCGUCGUUCUACAUCAUCAUGUUCUGGAAACAGAACAACCCCUUUGGCCGCUUCAUCCUCUUGACCUAUAACUUGACGGCGCUUUAUCUGUAUCUGAUGCUUCAGCACGACAACGAGGACGGCAACGAAGGCGGCGAGAACCCGAUCAUUGCCGCCAUCGCCAUCCACCGGUUCAUCGCGGUGCUGAUCGGCAUUGUGUGGGCGAUCUUGAUGUCGGUGACCUUCUUCCCCAACCUGGCGCGGCUGCGCUUGAAGACGGCGCUCGUCCUCCUCUGGCUCCGCAUGGGGAUCGUGUGGGACCUGAACCCGUUGGACUCGGAGCACGGGCGCCUCAUCGGCCUCAAAGGAUCGCAGGACAUCCAGCUGUUGGUGGCGGAGUGUGAGACCCUCGCCAAGCAGGCGGCGCUCGAGUUCCGCUUGAAAGGCCGCUUCCCCAAAGUCGAGUACGAUACGAUCAUCCUCCACUCGCAAAAGAUUGUCGAUGCGUUUGAGAACUUUAACAUUAUGGUCAAAGUCGACCCCCGCCUCAACUCGCUGGAGGCGGCGGUGAUCACGCUGCUUGCCGGCGAACGGCUGGAGCUCGAGCACCGCAUCUUCCUCAUCUUCUACACGUUGGCGAGCGCGGUCAAGCUCGGGUUCCCCCUCCCGCUGAAGCCGGCGCUGCCCGACCACGCCAAGGACCGCAUGCUCUACCAGUUGAGUAAGAUCCGCGGCGAGCCGGCGACGCCGUUGCGCAACGAGGACUUCAUCCUUCUUUACCUGUACAUCCUCGUGUCGACGGUGAUCGUCGACGAGUUGGACGACAUCAUGGCGAUGGUGCGGCGGUUGUUGGGCGACAUCUCCGAGGAAAUCUUCGAGCUCGUAUGA